AUAUUAUUUUUAAUCACAGUGGGACAAAAACCGAAAGGCACCGUAUCGCACAGAAGCCAUUGGAAUGUUUAACACCGGCGAUGAGAUGUUAUAACCUAUUCUGCUGCUUAAAAUGGGAACUGGUGUAUUACAUGUUUAUCGCCUGGGAGAUAAUUUUCGCAGAGAUUCAUUACUCGAUUCCUGAAGAAUUACAACGUGGCGCCGUUAUUGGGAACAUCGCGGACGAUUUGGAGUUGGAUGUUAAACAGCUCGCAGCUCGUAAUUUUCGUUUGGUUUCAGGUCCAAAAAAGCGGUAUUUGGAAGUAAAUUUAAACAAUGGGAUUUUGUCUGUGACGGAGAGGAUUGACAGGGAAGAACUGUGUGGCGCAAGCCUCACUUGCGUUCUGUCUUUGGAGGCUGUGCUUGAAAAUCCUCUCAGUCUGUACCAAAUCGAAGUGGACAUUGUGGAUAUUAACGACAACUCUCCCAGUUUUCCAAAAAGCCAAUUCCGCCUUGAAAUCUUUGAGAAUACUGCGCCGGGAGCGCGAUUCAUUCUCGAGGGCGCUCAUGAUCUAGAUAUUGGAACUAACUCAGUUCAAACCUACCAACUCGUUACAAAUGAGUACUUUGCAUUAAAUGUUGAAUCUGGAAUCGCAGAUUUGAAAUUACCUGUUUUAGUGUUGGAAGAGCCAUUAGACAGGGAAAAAUAUUCGACCCACAGAUUACUGCUCUUAGUGAAAGAUGGCGGAGUCCCCGAAAGGACGGGCUCCGCCCAAAUUAACGUCGUGGUAGAAGAUGCCAACGAUAAUGCACCGGUGUUCUCUCGGUCGGUUUACAAGAUCAGUUUGUGGGAAAAUGCAACUAAAGGGGCAUUGGUACUACAAGUUAAUGCCACUGAUUUGGACGAUGGAACUAAUGGAGAGAUUGUGUACUCGUUAAGUAUUCAUACCCCUGCCAGAGUUCGUGAGAUUUUUAGCGUGGAUUCUCGAACUGGUGAAGUAACACUUAAUGGCAAUUUAGAUUAUGAAGAAAAUAAUGCUUUUGAUAUUAUUAUUCAAGCAAAGGAUAAGGGAUCUAACGCCAUCCUAGUGUACAGUCAUAUUUUGCUGAAUGUUUUAGAUGUAAACGACAACGCGCCUGAGAUAAGCUUAACAUCUUUAUCGAGCCCAGUUUCAGAGGAUUCGUUACCUGGAACAGUGGUAGCUCUCAUAAGUGCGUCUGACAGAGAUUCUGGCAAGAAUGGGCAACUCCAGUGCCAAGUUGAAAAUGAAGUGCCUUUCACACUGGAUUCAUCGUCCAAGAAGCACUUAAAACUACUCACCCGGCAACCUCUGGAUCGUGAAUCCGCCUCCACACACAACGUAAUAAUCAACUGCAGAGAUGAAGGCAGUUCGCCUCUCGCCACGAACAAAAAGCAUCCUAAUUGAGGUGUCGGACAGGAACGAUAACGCACCGCAAUUCUCGCAACCUGCCUUCACAGCCUACGUGACGGAGAACAAUAAUAUUGAUGCCUCGAUAUUCUCAGUGACAGCAUUUGAUCCAGACAAAGGUGAAAAUGCUCGG